ACAAACCACUUCCUUCAUAUAACUUUUAUUGUUGAGCAAACUAAUAGUGAUAUCGAUGGCAUUCUCAAAGACUGUUCUUCUGGUUGCUCUUGUCUUUGCUUUUCUCCUCAUCUCUUCUGAGGUCUCAGCUCAUGGUGAGUCAUAUCCUUCCUUUCAGAUUACGGUAUUCUCAACAAUUCUAUCAAAAAUUCUGACCACUUCCACGGCGGCGACGAGCAUGGACAUGGUGGCCAUGGAAAUGGAGGACAUGGAGGCCGAGGAGGGCAUGGAGGACAAGGAGGGCAUGGAGGACAGGGAGGGCAUGGAGGACGCGGUGGCCAUGGAGGACGUGGAGGGCACGGAGGGCACGGACCAGGUGCUCAGGAAACUGAGAAUUAGAUAACCGUUUGCUGCCUAGCCUAAUGUCAGGCGUGCUGCUAGCUUCAUGAGUAUUAUUAGUAUGAACUACUAUAUAUGAAGCACUAGCUAGUUUGUGAAAUAAAGUUGUGUUGGUUGAGUAGUAAUCCAAAAACUCUCAAUCAAGCAUGAUAUCAGGUUAUUUCUAAGUUUUAUUGUUUUUUCGAUAUGUUCUAAGUUUUAUCGUUAUCCUCUUAAAUUGUAAUGUUUCUAAUGCAUGUAUGCCUGAAAUGGCCUCGUUAUAUGUUAAUAUGUACUAUUUGCACUUAGUUAAUUUAUUGAAG